GCGCACACGAUCCAACUUCUGUCGGCGCCAAGAACGCACGGCGUACAUACGGCGCGAAGUGCUCGGCGGGCAUAUCUAUACAUACCUUAACUCUCUCUAUGAACGUGAUUGACAGAAAAAGAAGCUUUCCUACUUUUUCGAAUCUUAGACCGUCUCUUCACAUUAAUUUAGACUAGAGUUUUGGCACAGUUUGUUUCGGUUAGUAGUAAAUAUUUUAUACAUUUUCGAAUUGUGUUUUUUGUGAUUUAUUAUUCUCAUUGCAUCAAUUUAUAAUUUCGGUAUUAUACUGUAGGAUAUUACUAUGGCGUUUAUACUUCCAGAUAAUAUACUAGAGACUUUACUUUGCAAUUUUUGUCAUAAAUAUUUAUCUGUGAAACCUAUAAAAGUUCAUCCAAACAGGCUUAUACAGUGUGGAAGAUGUAUUGAAAAUACCGAUAAAUCAAUGCAUAAAUCAGAAGCAGUAGAAUCACAGUAUGGAAAAAUUGCCAAAAACAUGUUGUUUAAAUGUGUCAACAGGUUUGAUGGUUGUCGACAAUUGUUAACAUAUUCUCAGGUUAGCGAUCAUGAACAGGUAUGCUUGGAGAGAAUUCACGAGUGUCCAAUUUGUGGUGAAGACAUGGUGAGUCUUCUGAUGCUUCGUCACUUUCAUUCCAACCAUAGGGAUGCUAUAUUGGAGUCUCCUGCGUUUCUUUUCAAGUUAAAUGAUCUUUUAGACGUGCCUAGUGUUUAUAUAUAUCAAGAAGAAGAUAAUUUGUUUUUUCUAUAUAUUAGCUAUAGUAAGUCAGAAAAUACAAUAAAAUUAUAUUUGCUUUAUAUUGGGAUCUAUAAACUCGCUAAAAAUAUAUACCAUGAAUUUACUGUAAGUAGUGAAAACAAAGACUUUGAUAUUGUAUUGAAUCCAAAACCAUGUACUGAUGAUUUUUUUGUUGUGGAUAUAUCACAUAUUAUGACAAAUUUGAUACAAAUUAAAUUUAAAUUAAUUGAUCGUAAUCUAAAAGUUUUGACGGCACCUGAAAUUAGUAAUGCUGUGAGGUCACCUAUAGUCAAAAAUGCUCCACUAGAGAGUCAAAUUGAACACCGAUCAGAAUUCAAUUUAAAAUGUAAUAUAUGCCAAGCCUAUUGCAUUUUUUCAUUGACUGGAUGUCCAGUUAUGUAUUACUACAUUGAUGAAAAAAAUAGUUAUGUAUGUUACUAUUGUACGCAGUAUUUCAAACUUAAGAUAGAUGAAGCAAGUGCUGAAAGAACAAUUCCCAUUAAUAUAUUUGAGACAAUGAAGUUUUUCAAAUGGAAUUGUAGUAAUUGUUGUAGCGAUUUUGAAUUCUCAGAUAUACAGUCACAUGAAAUAAACUGUAAAUUAGGUCGACAAUUUACAUGCCCUAGACGAAAUUGUAAUGAAAAAGGAACUGCUAGCCAAAUGAUCGAACAUUUGAAAGAUUGGCAUUUUUGUAUGGCGUUUGGGUCUCACUUUAAACUACCUAUUGAUUUUAUUAAGUGUUAUGUAUUUGUAAAAGAGUAUAUUGUAUUUUUACGUGAAACUAAUACAUUAGAGUUUACAAGUUUUCGACAUAAAUAUAUUCACGUGGAACUAGUAACAAAAACUGACAAUGAUCGAAAAAGUCCAUUAGCUUUGUUUUUUAAUAACAACAAUGAAAUUUUAAGAAAUUAUAAGUGUGGAUGUGAGAGUGAAGUAUUUGUAAAAGUUUUUGUAUACUAGUUAAACUAAAUACAUACUCUUUAUUGCAACACCGGGGUUCAAUUCGAGGUCCGGGACAAAUUUUUUAUUCUUUAAAUUAACUAAAUUUUUAUCUUUGAUUACUAAAUAAACAAUUGAUUAAAUUAGAAUGAAAUAAGUAUUAGGCCGUCCGCAUAUGGGACGACGCUCGAACUACUCGACUUGAUUCCAGUCGCGUAGGUCUCUCCCCUCCCGUCAAGUUCCUUCGUUGUGGCGUUGAGCUUCAUACACGGAGCGUUUAGGAUUACAAAUCUCCUCGUCUUGUACGACUCUCGUCGCUUGCGAUCCGUAGCGCACCAGAAAGUUCGAGUGAGACGCACGUUUCCAGCCAUAUAGGUAGUUUAUUUUAUUUGUUUCCUUCGUUUUUUGUUGUUUUUUUUGCGCUUAAUUAAGUUUAAUUUAAAGAUCGGAACAUGUUAUGUUCGUUGAUUGUACCAGCUUUGUGGAAAUAUAUUGUUUGUAAUAUAAAAUUGUGAAAACAUUGAACUUCUGUUUCUGGGUGUUAAUGUAAAAUUCGUUGGGGAAGUAGAAAAAUAUCCUCAGUAUAAUGCUCAUUGUAUUCAAAUUAUACUAAAAAUGUAAGAAUACCGUACUUUUCACAGAUCGAAAUAGUCGUUUUGGUUGAUCUAAAUAAAAAAUGCGUUCUUCCUGGUUGGAAGAUGUGAGCAAACUGAAUCGGCUAGUGUGCGGAGAACAAUCGCUUGUGCCGCAAGGUUCGUACAAGACGAGCAAGACGCGUUAACUUCGAGACGUGUCUUCGACCGACCCAUGUGCGGACGGCCUUGUCUAAAGCCUCCUCUACACAUCGGCAGACGCAUCUGCGGAUGCAUCUGCCAAUAUAUCAUCACGCGCUGACCACACAUCUGUAGGUACAUAUCUGUAAAUAGUUCAGUCUGUGUUAAUUCUCGGGUGACGCAAUAUCUACUUUGAAUUCACUGCGAAAACUAAUGCGUCGUAGAGGUCCGAGGUAAACAACAGACGAUCAAUUUACCCCAUCUACACAUCUGCGGAUGCAUACGCAGAUGCCGUCCGCGGACACGUCUGCCGAUGUGUAGAGGAGGCAUAAGGUCCGACUCUAGGUCGACCUUAACACAUCUGCUUUCCGGAUGAAACAUUUUUUUUUAUAAAAUUUCAUAUAUAGACAAAUAUGACUUGCAUGGGUUGCCUAUCAAAUUCUUGUCAUAGCUAUCCUUAAGGGGGAGCGUAGUGUCUGAAAUCAACAUUUCAAGCACAUUUUUGUGAAUUUUUGUUAGAAAGUAUGGUAGAAAUAUUUUAUUUUUAAUUUAAAUAAGCAUAUUCAGUACAAUUCAUAGAAUAUUAAAAAAAAAUUUAAGAAAAAACAUUGAAAAAUAAGCCAACUGUGGCAAAUUUUUAAAGACACUUCAAAACACAAUAGGUCUGGAUCCCGCGUAUGAAAAAAAGUUGAUUAAUAGCAAGCUGAAAAUUUGUUAACAGCUUAAGGGUGUCUAGUCGGAUAAACUUUGAUAUAUGAGAACACUGGAACAGGAGUAGUUUUAAUUGUGGAACAGGUUAAAAAUUUGGAACGGUCAGACCACGAAAACGGCACAUUUAUUUUGUCCGACAGAACAGACUUAAACUCUCAGAACAGAGAUUAAACUCUUAUGCAAAAAUCAGACUGCUAUUUAUCACCUGUUAUAAUUACUGUCAUUUGACAUAUUCUACGUGUUCCACUCAUUAAAACGCCCAUUUGGUGAUAAAUAGCAGUCUGAUUAUCUCUGUUAGGAGAGUUUAAGUCUGUUCUGUCGGACAAAAUACAUGUGCCGUUUUCGUAGUCUGACCGUUCCAAAUUUUUAACCUGUUCCAUAAUUAAAACUUCCCCUGUUGCAGUGUUCCCAACGCGGGAUCCAGACCUACAAUGGAUUUUAUUAAAUUCAAAAAGAUUUUAUUAGCUUAUAAGUUUCUCGUGGUAACGCUGUCGAGUUUUUUUAGUUUUAUCGAUAUUUGACUUUUUGGUAUCACUCAGAAUCAAAACAACGGAUUUUUUUUUGCAAAAAAGGGUGAAAAUCAACAUAUUUAUUAUUGUUAAACAAAAAAUAAGCGUAAAACAAAAAAUAUUUCGACAGCGUUACCUCAGGAAAUGUCUAAUAGUCCAGGGCGCAUCUGUUUUGAGAUGGACGUUGAGAGGUGACUCAAAUUUUUUUGCAGAAAUUGCUUAAAAAUAACUCAAAUAAUUAUAUUUGAGUUAUCCUCCUACUCAAAAUGGUCCGGAACAUUGUUUAAAUAAUCAAAAAAACCUAUUAAUUUCUGAGAAAAGUUGUACUAACAUAAAAGUUGCGUAAUUAAAUUUCCUACAAUAUAGAGUUGGUUAAAAAUUUAAAAAAUAGUCAACCUUGUUGCAAAAUAGCAAUAAUUGCGAAAAAAACCAUACAAAAACAAGUAUUGGCAUUUUACGUUUUUCAACCAUUUAUGCUACACUUAGGACUAGUGUUGCCAGGUCCGAUUUGUUUUUAAUCGGCACAUAAGCAAAAACAAAUCGGGAUUUAGGGUUGUAGAUCGGGACAAAUAAACAACAAUAGCCCAGUAAAUGACCGUUUUGGAGUGUAAUUUUCAGAGUCAACUCCGAAUUGCAUGAAAAUCUGGUUUUAGGUUCUACUUACUGUCUACUUCAAAGUUGAACUUGUACCGUUGGUUGCUUUCACUGACAGUUACAGGUACCCCUUCUCGGGGGUAAAAAAACGCGCGUUUAAAGUAAGUCCCAACAUGGAUCAACUGACUAACUCUAAAAAAACUUUUGUUCUAUAUAAUUUUUAAACUAAGUUAAUACUUUUCGAGUAAUUUUAUCGAAAAAAAUAUUCUUAGCAAAAAUAUAGCUUUUAAAAAAGCAAAAAAAUUGUAUUUUUAGAAAGUCUAUAAAACCAGUAAAAUCAGUUUAUAGCUCAUCAAAAAUACGUUCUCAUUCGUCAAAUUCCAAAUCGAAUUUUUUAACUUUAAAUAACCAAAAAAUUUAGCAAUUUUCGGGCAAAACCUAUUAAAAUUUUUUAAAGUGUUUAAAAAAAUCUUUAAGGCCGCCGUAGCGCAGGCGGUGGUAUGCUUGCCUCGAGUGCUGGUGGUCCGGAGUUCAAAUCCUACCGCCGGCAAGAACAACUAGACACUUUUAAAAUGUCUAUAGGCCCCAGGUCGACUUAGCCUGAAUAAAGUGAGUACCUUGGGUAAAACCAGGGGUAAUAAUAGGCGGUUGAAGCCUAGCACUGGCCCUGUUACCUUCCUUGUAAACUGAUCGUGAAAAUCUCCCCUUAUUUAGCACCGUAAAUAAAAUUAAUCGUUAACGAUUUCCAUUUACUUUAUAUGUGUAUUGUUUAUACGAUCUGUAAGGUUUACCGGUUGGGAGAGCUUAGUUUUGAAAAAAAAUUGGUUUUAUAGUAAAAAAAGUUUCCUAAAAUAUUGGGAAAUGCCCCUUUUCAAAAAAACUUCAAAAGUAUUAGGGAUACUAAAAAUCUCAAGGAGUAAAAAGUAGGUAGGUUUUGUAAAUAAAGUAAAUUGUUUGUAAAGCGGUAACGAUUAAUUUCAUUUUGGGUGCUAAGUAGGGGGAGAUUUUCACGGUUUUUUACCAAAAAAAGGAGUCAACUUGAUUUUAAGCAUAACUCGCGUAGUUUCGAUGCUAGAAACUUUUUUAAAACAUAAAAACAAAGCUUUCUUAAAAAAGUUUUAAUUGGUUUUUUCCGAAAAGUGCUUCAUAUUCUAGGUUAUUUCACGUUGAAAUAUUUGAUUUGGAGUUUGACGAACAAAAACGUAUUUUUCAUGAGCUAAACUUUGCUUUUGCUGGGUCUAUAAGACUUUACGAGUUCUCAAUUUUUUUCAUUUUUUUAUAUUAUGCUACAUUUUUGCUAAGAAUGUUUUUUUCGAUCAAAUGCUUACUUUUUGAGUUAUUUGUGAAAAUCGCCUGAAAACGUGAUUUUUUUGUCGAAAAAUACACAUUUUCAAUCGUAAAUAACUCGAAAAGUAUUAACUAAGUUAAAAUUCUAUAGAACUAAAAUUGCUUAGAAUUAGUCAAUUUAUCCAUCUCCGGACUCAUUUUAAACGCGCCGUUUUUCACCCCCAACUAGGGGUGUCUGUCACCUCCCGAGUAAAAGCAACCAACGGCACAAGCCGUCCAAAUUUUCAUGCAAUUCGGAGUUAAUCCUGAAAAUUAAACGGUAUCGUCGUAUUUCCCGUUCAUUUAGAGCCCGCGCAGACUGCAGACUUUUUAAUCGGCCGAUAGUUUAGUCGGCUUCUUAAUCAGUACAGAGAGGUGGUAUGCAUCGGUGAAUCGGUGUAAUGUGCGCAUCUGUAUACCUCUCUGUACUGAUUAAGAAGCAGACUAAACUAUCGGCCGAUUAAAAAGUCUGCAGUCUGCGCGUGCUUUUGCUGGACUACAAGGUGUUUCUAUAAUCUGUAUUUAAUCCUACAUAAUAAAAAUAAUCAGACGAAAUUACAAAAAAAAAAUCGUAGAUUGAGUAAAUUAUUUAUUUUUUAUUAAAAUUAUAUUUUUCAUUCGAUUUUGCUGCUUUUAGGAGUACCUUGUUUUUAUAACAUAGUAUAAAAUUCACUGUAAGUCCUCCUGAAAUUGGUUUUCGUGGGUGAAAAUCGGGACAUUUAGUGUUCCGAUCAGGUACAAAUCGGUACGCGUCCCCAGGCCCCUGAAAAUCGGGAAGUCCCGCGCAAAUCGGGACACCUGGUAACUCUACUUAGGACCUUCAUAUUUUACCCAAUAAAACUCUAUAAUAUAGUAAAACAACACUGUAAAUUUCAUUAGGAUCGGUUUAAUAGAAUUUGGAAAAUAAAUUUUGCAAUCCAGCUGUCGCAAAAAAAAUCAUUUUUUUUUAAAUGUUGCAGGACUGAAAAUAAAGCAGAUAGCAAGUUGAAUUUUCUUUUACCCAUAAAAGUGUACUGUACCUUUCAUUUGCAAUUUGCAAAAUUAAAAUUGAUUAAUUACCACGGCGUCAGGAAAUUUUUUAAAUAAACAUUAAUUUUUGGUGCUACGCGCAGGACAGCGGUGUUCGAUUCACACAAGUUGGUUUCCACCAAAAUUUCUUCCAAUCUUUAUCUAAUAUAUUAUUUUCUUACUCUAUAUUUUGUUGUAUUUUAAUAUUUUAAUUCCACAAAAAUCAAACUAAUUUUAUUAUUGUUUGUGAAAUAAUGUUUAAACAAUUGCAUAUGUUUAAAAAUAAUAAACUUUUAUUCUCUAAGCUAAAAUAUAUAAACAAAGAAAGUUUUUGCUAAAAAAAGUGUCAUUUCAAAGGAUAGAGUAUGUGUUUUUAUUUUGCAAUAAACAAAUUUAUUUAUUUAUAUCGAAAUGUAAUAAAAAUUAAAAUGCAUAAAUCAUUAUCAAAGGUCAUUGGAAUGUCCAAUCAGAGUAAACUAUCCGCUGUCCUGCGCGUAGCACCAUUAAUGUUUAUUUAAAAAAAUUCCUGACGCCGUAGUAGUUAAUCGAUUUUAAUUUUGCAAAUUGCAGAUGAAAGGUACGGUACACUUCUAUAAGCAAAAAAAUUUCAACUUGCUAUCUGCUUUCUUUUCAGUCCUGUAAAAUUUUGAAAAAAUAAUUUUUUUCUGCGAAAGCUGGAUUGCAAAAUUUAUUUUGCAAAAUCUCUUGAACCUAUCUUAAUGAAAUUUACAGUAUUGUUUUACUGUAUCAUAAUGUUUUUCUGUUUGAAAUAUGAAGGUCCUAAGUGUAGCACAAAUGGUUGAAAAACGUAAAAUGGGAAUACUUGUUUUUGUAUAGUUUUUUCGCAAUUAUUGCUAUUUUGCAACAAGGGUGACUAUUUUUUAGAUUUAUAGCCAAUUAUAUAUUAUAGGAAACUUAAUUACGCAACUUUUAUGUCAGUACAACUUUUCUCGAAAAUGAAUACUUUUAAAGUUAUAAUCAAAAAACGAAGAGAAAAAUCGAAUUUUUCUUUCAUUUUUUGACAUUUUGAUUAUUUAAACAAUGUUUCGGACCUUUUUGAAAGGGAGGAUACCUGAAAUAUUAUUAUUUGAUUUAUUUUUAAGCAAUUUCUGUAAAAAAAUUUGAGUCACCUCUCAACGUCCAAAUGUACUAAUAUUUUUACAGAUGCGCCCUGGUCUAUAAAGGAUACGAUAUUUUGCUUGUAAUCGGAACUUUAAUAUAUUGUAUAUUUCAUAUUUUUAAGCAUUUAUUGUUUUACUUAUAUUUUUAUUGAUUAAAAUUUUUAUAACUUA